AUGCGCUACAUUCUACCACUGAUCAGCACCUUGGUACCAGCGUUGUUAGCAGCUCCGACGUCGGAAUAUCAUUCAAGGGCUGCAACGCGUGAGCUUGAAAACCUGUUACUCCCCAACGAGAAUGGCGAACUUGUAUAUGCCACCGCUGCCCAGCUUGCUGCUCGCAACAAUUACCUCGAUACCCACAGCAUGCUGGGAAAGCGGGACGGUUGCAGCGAAGACUUCUUCGAUGGCAAAGGCAAUGACGGCGGUACCUGCUUCCAAUACUGUGAACGAGCCACCUCGACUUUCCUCGGAGCUCCAGUGAAAGUUUCCGCGGAUAUCAACUGCGAUGUAGCCACUUGCGGUAUUGCGCACAGUGAUGCAGUAACCAUUACCGAGGGCUUCAGUAUCACUCUUGGAGCCAAUUCUCCCGCCGGGGAAGAGGGCGCUGGUGUCCUAACCGCGAGCGCCAGCUUUUCAUGGUCAAGAGCCGAAACAACCUCCAACACUUACACUUUCAACCCCACUAUUGGCGAUGUUGGAUACCUUGUAUUCCGACCAAGAUUCAAGCAAAGCUGUGGCAUCUAUCAGGUGUGGACCUAUUACCAGACUGACGACGGCUUCACUUCCGGAUGUAUUGAUCCGAUAUUUUACCAAGAUAAUAAUGCUUGCGGAAAUUCUCCUAUGAAAUUGGGCUCGGGGUUUGCGGAUGGGGAGUUUACGUUCUGCCGUACGACGACUGGGCAGGGAUGUUAGGGAUCGCGG